CCUUCUGUAGGUGAGUGUGUGCUCUGGAAGAGAGCUCGUUUAGUAAGCGUUCGGGCUGGAGAGGUGCUCGUUGGCAGUUACAACUCUGUCAACUAUUUAACAUCACCCAGAGCACUGAUACCUCCUCGCACAUUCGGAGCAGAGUGCAGCUUCUCUCCAGCUUGGUCCCUUAAAGUCUGAACUUAAACCCAUCUUCAAGUUCAAAGAAGUCAAGGUUGUGCCACAGAUUCCUUCUGCACGCCUCAGUCUUCUCGUCCAGUUGAGAUCCUUCAGGUUUUACUGUAGAAGACGGUCCAGCCUUUCAAGCUGGACGAAGGAGAGACAAACAGGGCCGAGGGCCCAGCCUUUGUGCUGCGACACAGAAACUCUAACCUCAUAGAAAACGCCACCAACUGCUCACCUGCAGGUCCCAUGAGUCCACGGGAGAAAGGAGAGAUGCCCCCGACCUCAGGCUCUUCAACUAAUCACCUCAGCACCACAGAGUGCCCCGAGCGCCACGGGUCGUCCGCAGAGUGCCAGGAAGAGAAACGGAUAACUGAAGAGGAUGAAAGGGGAAGAGAGGGAGAGGAGAAGGAUCAGACCGAGGAUGAGAGGAGCAGCGAUGAAGGCUUCAUGGGAAUGAGUCCGUUGCUGCAGGCCCAUCACGCCAUGGAGAGGAUGGAAGAGUUUGUUCACAAGAUGUGGGAGGGUCGGUGGCGUGUUAUCCCUCACGACGUGCUCCCUGAUUGGCUGAAAGACAACGACUUCCUGCUCCACGGCCACAGACCACCAAUGCCUUCAUUCCGCGCCUGCUUUAAGAGCAUCUUUAGAAUCCACACGGAGACGGGGAACAUUUGGACACAUCUGCUAGGCUGCCUGUUCUUCCUCUGCCUGGGUCUCAUGUACAUGUUCAGACCCAACAUGUCUUUCGUGGCUCCUGUCCAGGAGAAGGUAGUGAUUGGGAUGUUUUUUCUCGGAGCCAUCCUCUGCCUCUCCUUCUCCUGGCUCUUCCACACAGUCUACUGUCACUCAGAGGGCGUGUCCAAAAUCUUUUCCAAAUUGGACUACAGUGGGAUUGCCUUCCUGAUCAUGGGCUCCUUUGUCCCCUGGUUGUACUACUCCUUCUACUGUUCGCCUCAGCCCUGCUUCAUCUACCUGAUUGUUGUGUGUGUCCUGGGACUGGCUGCCAUCAUAGUAUCACAAUGCGACUUCUUCUCUACGCCACAGUAUAGAGCAGUCAGAGCAGGAGUGUUUGUGGGUUUGGGUCUGAGCGGCGUGGUUCCCACCCUUCACUUUGUCAUCAGCGAGGGUCUGAUCAAAGCCACCACUAUCGGUCAGAUGGGCUGGCUGCUGCUCAUGGCGACGCUCUACAUCACCGGCGCCUGUUUGUAUGCCGCUCGCAUUCCAGAGAGGUUCUUCCCUGGCAAGUGUGACAUCUGGUUUCACUCCCAUCAGCUGUUCCACAUCCUGGUGGUCGCCGGGGCUUUUGUCCAUUUUCACGGCGUCUCCAACCUGCAGGAAUUUCGGUACACAGCAGGAGGCGGCUGCACCGAGGAUGGCAAUCUUUAACAGACCCACAAACACUGUCUGACACUCAUUCAGUACGCGAGGCAACACUGGCUGAAAUGAUAUGCAUAGAAGCCCACUCGCUCUUCAGACUGAACCCAACACAGAUCUCACUACUACAACCGAAGACCACAGUGGCUUGCCCUGUUGUGGAUAGGAUUACCUGCAGGGGGCGCUAUUUAUUUGAUAAACAAGAGUCUGCUCUCGUUUCUGUCAGUUUUUUCCUCACAAACCACUUCUGGCUCUGUUUCUAGGGUUCAAACACUUGUUCUAUGGCAGUCUGUUCCAUUAAGCAUAUUGAAGACUCCUUUUUGGAUCGGAAAGGGUCAGGAAGUUCAAACCUCCUCUUUGUGUUUGCAUUGGUCACCUGAUUCUUGGAUUAAUGAACCAAUUUCACAAAUAUUUUGGGUGUAGUUUGUUUUUUCUCUCUUACAUUGGUGAAUGCUGUUUUCUGACUCACUUUCUGAUGAGGAUAAAUUGAAAACAAUUGAGUGAAAAAUGCUUUCAGGUUUUUCUGUUUAAGCUUUUUAAGUGAAGAUGGGAGAAGAGGUUCAUAGUCUCUUUUAAUAAAAAAAAAAAUGUAAAUAAGAUUUCUAAACAUGGGGUUAUAGAUUUGUAUGAAAUUUAUUUUAAGAAAUCCAAAAAAAACAUGUUAUAAAAGAUGAAUAAAUAAUACAUUAGUUGUUGACUAAAGAAGAGGAGCGUAGUGUAGUCGUACAGUGGCGGGGAGAAAAAUACGCCGGUGGUGGGAUUUCGUUUUCAUUCAUUGGUGCAGAUUUGCAGAAAAACUUGCAAAAUAUUUUUUCUUUAUUUUUCUUUUCAACUGUUAAAGGGCCACAUCUCAUAGACAAGAACACCACUAAAAAUCUGUCUAAGCCACAAGCGCUGAUCCAAAAGCUUGAAUUAGAAAUACAAGCCUAACAGCAACAAAUAAAAUCUUAAUCUUUAUAUGUAGCGGCUUUAAUUGGUCCAAAUACUGUUAAAUUGUCUAUAUAAAGUAAAUAUAAUUUCUGUUCUAACCUUAUACAUUUAUUUUUUCUAUACCCCCCCCCCCCAAAUGAUUUAUUAAAAACCUAUUAAACCUCCUCCACAUAUUUUUAUAAGCAAUGCCUUGAUCAUAUCUAUUUUUUAUAUAUAUAAUUGUGAUCAAACUGCAGUCUUCUUAAAUAUAUAGUUUCUUUUAGUCCUCCAGUCUUGCUUCAGAUAAAGGUUGAGGAAGGUUUUCUCUUGAAAAUGCUUUUGGUUAAUCCACUGUUUCUGCCUUUUAUUUAUCCACUGCUAUUAUGGCUUUAAUGCAGGCUUUAAAUACAGUAUUUGUUUUCUUAACCACAUUGUGACUAAAGUUUAUCUAAGGGCUAGACUCAGAUACGUAGACUACACUUUGUGAUUGAUAAAAGGGGAAUUUUUUCAGGUAAAACCAAAUUUUUACUUCUGCAUAAGAUCUAUUCUGGGCUUCUUUUUUUCUGGACUCUUUCUGCUUUUGUUUUGAAAUUUAGACCUUCGAGUUCUUAAUUGGCAAGUUGAAUGAUCUGCUUUCACUUAUUUUCAUGAUAUAUUUUGUGACAAAGGAAAAUGAUCUUGCUUUGUUUCAUUGUUUUCCUACUUUCACUUUCUAUUUGUUUUAUCUAUCUUAAUUUAUUUCUCUUGCAGAGAGCAUACUGUCUGUUAAAGCACAUAUUCCAUUCUGAUGGGAGUGUUUGAUUUGCAAUAGACCUUUAUAUCUGCUGUAUGGUUCUAAUAAAAAAGGUUGUUUGGA